AUGGAUCCCCGAUCGCACCCUUCGCGGCCUCCAUCCACCCUCUCCCAGGGCUCCGCACCGCUCUCCUCGACCCCCAUUUCGAGUAUGCCGAUGCCUCAAUACUCCAUGCAGCCGCAGUACCCGGUGUCGCAGCCGCACACCCUGCCGCCGCUUCAGCCUCAUCACACCCAGUCGCCCGCGCCGCAUCCCUACAUGAGCCAGCCAUACCGGCCGGACCUUUCACGGUUUCCCGCGUCGACUCAUGACGUGUACGGGGCUUCGACUGCCCCAAUCAUGCCCGGCAUGCACACGACCGUCGGUAGCCAACCACCGUCAUUUUUGUCGCAUCCUAACCACCAGACACAGGCCCACCCCUCUCAGUCGUACCCCCCGCCUCCGAGCGUGUUGCCUCCCGCGUCGAGCGCGCAGAGCUAUCCCCAACCCAUUGCUCCGGCCCCGCCGCGUGAUCGUCGCGACUUCAACGGUCUUCCCUCCGGGGCUUUCAGCUACUCCGAUGGCAAGUCCUGGGGCAUGAGCCCAGACGUGAAUGGCGCGAACGGCUCGCCCUACGGGGCCAAGGAACCACCACGCACGCAGGUCGUGGGCUCUCAGGGCCGCCGUGGUAUUCUGCCGAGUGUUCCGGGCCGUGCAACUCCGGUCACCAACGGCAUCAACGGUGCUGCAAAGAGCACCACUAUUCCGGCCAAGGAUGCGGAUGGAAAAUUCCCUUGCCCGCACUGUAACAAAACCUACUUGCACGCCAAGCACCUGAAGCGCCAUCUGCUGAGACACACCGGAGAUCGGCCUUACAUGUGUGUCCUCUGCAAGGACACUUUCUCUCGCAGUGAUAUCUUGAAGCGCCACUUCCAGAAGUGUUCAAUUCGUCGGGGUAACCCCACGGGUGCGACCCACCUGUCGCACCCUCAGGCCCAUCUGAAACGGUCGUCGCAGCAGGCGGCGGCGGCAGCAGCAGCGGCGAACCCCGCUAAGCCUUUGGAUGAAGUUAGUAAUCCCGCCCCAUCUUCCAAUGGUGUUAUGGGUGCGCAAUUCAGCGACGGGCACGUGAAUGGGAAUGGAAUGCCUGUUGGCCGUCCCACUUUCCAUGAGCAGCAGCAUCAUAUGGGGUUCGCGAUGUCGCCGGCCAACGGAAUGAGCCGUGGUCCGAGUGACAAUGCGUAUGCCGAUCAGGCAUCCGCGCGAGCUUCCUGGAUGGCUGCGCCCAAGCAGAAUCCGUACCUCAUGCAGUCCGGCACCGAUGCCCAUGGCCAGCAACUGAGUGUUGAUCGUCCUCUUGAACAGGUAAAGCCCCUGGUCGUUCCUGACCCUAAACAUCCGGUUAUGCCCGGCCCCCAUUCGAACCAGCCUGACUGGUCGAUGUUCCAGCACGGUCCGUCCGACGGUUACAUGAACCCCGUUUUCCCCCACUCCAUGGCUACCGGCCAGGAGUCGAUCCACGCCCCCGUUGAUGCCGACCGCAAGUUCUACCCUGCCACGACCGCCGGCGGCCCCGAGAGCGGUAUGAACGGAUUGUACCUGGCUUCGACUACCCUGAGUGGUGAUGGUGAGUAA